UUGUAGUUGUGACUUUUGGUUUUGACGUAUCUACCCGGUUAAAACAGCGUCUUGUCUUUAUGGUUUUGUUUUGGCGCUAAUAUAUCGCCUGAUUUUCAUCUUUAAUCUUCUAAUUAAUCGAUUUUUAAAAAUGACGAUCGGAAAGAAUAAUAAGAUGCAACAGCAUAUCAAUUAUCGAGUAAGGGUGAUUUUACAAGAUUCACGUACUUUUAUUGGCACUUUUAAAGCAUUUGACAAACAUAUGAAUUUAAUUUUGGGAGACUGCGAAGAAUUUAGAAAAAUCAAAUCUAAAAACAACAAAACUGCAGACCGAGAAGAAAAAAGGACUCUAGGUUUUGUACUUCUGCGUGGCGAGAAUAUAGUGUCUCUAACAAUUGAAGGACCUCCGCCACCUGAAGAAGGCUUACCCCGGGUCCCACUACCUGGUGCUAUGGGUGGGCCGGGAGCUGGCAGGGCAGCAGGUCGCGGCGUUGGACUCGGAGGAGCCCCACCAGGCUUACAAGGACCAGCUCGUGGUGUUGGGGGACCGUCACAACAACAUAUGGCUCCUGGUGCCCGAGGGCAAUUAUCAGCACCUCCACAAAUGCGAGGUGGCCCUAUGAUGGGAGGCCCUCCACCAGGCAUGAUGGGUGCACCACCAGGGAUGGGUAGAGGUGGCCCUGGUAGCCGUGGUCCUCCCGGAAUGCGUCGCUAUUAGUGUGUUUGUGCAGUGAUGCUUAUUCUUCUAUUUUAAGUGAAAGAAACAACAUAAAUAAGUGAAGAUGGUCUACUAUAUCGACUACAUUAAUGGGAAAUGUAAAAUAUUUAGUUUUUAAAUAUUUCUGAGUAUUUUUCCAGACUAUACAAUAGUUAAGGAAUACAAAUAAGUUCUGAAUAA